CUCGUGCGACUUUAGACGGCGCUGCGGUGCGAAAGAGAAAUAAUCAUGGCGGAUCUUCUAGGUUCGAUUUUGAAUUCUAUGGACAAACCACCAACUGUUGGGGACAAACAGAAGAAAUUACUACAAAAGCAACGUGAUGAACACCAGAAGCGCGAAGCGGAGGAGAAGGAGAAGCUAAGAAAGUUCAGAGAUCAGGUUGAGGAUAAAAUCAACAAGUUCAUCCAAGAUCCUGAGAAGCAAAAGUACAAGUUCGCGCCGAUGGCAAAAGUUCACCGUACAAUAAUUCACGAUGUCGCAGACAUUGCUGGCCUCACCGCUUUUUCCUUUGGAGAGGAAGAAGUCGAUCGCUACGUCAUGAUCUUCAAGAAGGAGUUUGCACCAUCGGACGAUGAACUGGCUGCCUACCGGAAAGGAGAAGAGUGGGAUCCUGAGAAAGCCAAAGCAGCUGCCCGGGAAAGGGAACUCGCUGCUGCAGCUCUCGCAGAACAGGCCAAGCAGUCAAGCCAGGAAAGUGUGCCACAGAGUGACUAUCACGAGAAGUACGAAAAGCUGCUGGGCCGAGAAAGCGGCAAGGAUGCGGCCAAGAUCACCACACCAAACAAACAGUUUGGCUUUGUGCCCAGCCAAAACAAGAAGGACGUCCGGACGAUCGAGCAAGCGCUUGCGGACAUUCGCGCCAAGAAGAAGCAGAAAACCGACGACGGCCCUAGUUCAGAAAAGUCGGAGCAGGACUGAAAUUUUGUGGAGGAAAACAAUGCAAUGCGUGCUUGUAAAUCGCGGCUAGACAAAUAUAGACAGCUCUACCCUCAUCACAGUAUUAGGCUUCCUUAGUUUUACGAACUGUCCAUUUACAGGCAGGUUUGCACACGGCAUUGCUGUAAUGAGGUGAAUUGUUAAGCUUGUUGAGUAAGCUUUUUUUUUUAUAUGUACAAAGUCAAAAUGAACUGUGUGCUGCUUGUUGUGCGACCUUUCUUUAGCAGAGAGGCAUUGUUACAGAAGUGCUCAAGACUACUCUGUCCUCAAGUUCGUAUGUGUAUAGAAAAUUAGAUGUGCAUUUAAUUUUUCUAGCUGCAAAAAAAAUGAUUUUUUUUCUUUGUCAGUCACUUUUUCAAAUCCUUCUUUUGAGAUUAGUGGUUGCAUAUAAUGCUGCUUUCAGUAUUCGUACGAUUUUUCGUUGCGCUAUUCUAGCCUGAUAGUUUAGUAACAAUGAGUCAAAGUAAUGGCAGAACAAGCAAUUGCCGAACUGGCUGGCUGCCACUCAUAUGACCAAACCUGCUGGCUAGCUUCUGGCUCCUAAGCCUUUGCUGCAUGGUGGUUUUAUAUUGACAGUGUGUGUGUUUCUGCUGCUAGCACAAAUUGCAGCACAAGAAUGUUGAAAUUCACUGAAAUGAGUCUUUAUGCAUCUAGCUAAUGACAUUUGUGCAUCUCAGAAUCUUGCAUAAAAAUUUGAAAUGCAUGUGAAAUGACCCAUGGGAGGUUGGCUCAGCGGUAGCUUGCUACAGGUCAACAGUUCACGAAUAAGAUCAGUGAAGUAGGUGUUUACUCUGGCUUCAGUUUGUCAUAUGUUGUUGCUUUUUCAUAAAGUUGAGCCUACAUCAUGUGAAGAUGAGUCACUCACACAUGACGCAUUGCGUUUGGAAAGAAUUAUGUCCAAGUGACGUUUUAAUCUCUUUUCAUUUCAGUUUAUGCGAGUGAUACAUACCCCACUCUGCAGAAAUGCUGCUUUUGUUGGGUCAACACUUGACACGCUGCUGGGGAGUUGCUCUUGUUCGCUUGAAGAAAUUUUAGAUUGCUGCCUGUGUAGCCUGUGAUGUGUGUAUGGAGUUCACCAGAUAUGUAAAUAUAGUACAUGAUCAACUCUGAAAUUUUGCUGGUGUUUACACGAUUAUAAGACUUUUAGCGGGCAUCAUAAGUUCGGACUCGAAUUGUCUGACGCAGCAUCUUUGGCACUUUUGCAAAAUCAACCUCGGUGAACAGCAACCUGAAUUGUCGCAAUAAAAAAAAAAAGCCUUGUUUAAUUACGGUUUCUCUCGAAGGAAUCGUUGGAGACUGUUGCACCCAUAUGCGUGCGCAGGGUUUUGCAUGGGGGGGCGUGUCACAAUGAUCUUGCACCCUUCCUCUCCUCCAAUCCUUUAGCUUGAGUCUAGAAAACGACUUGUUUAUCAAAGGGUGAAAGAAUAAAACGAUGAUGUGGUUAUCAA